CAUGCAAUCCACGAAUGACCCUUCCCAUGCUUGGCCCUCACUCAUCUCUAUCUUCAAUCCUGCAGCGCCGUCGAAGAACAGAAUUCCACAAACAUAUCUGAAAAACAGGGGAUUGAAAAAUUCUGAGGCAAAAAAAAGCGAGCAAAAACAAGAUUGAAGAUAGAGAUGAGUGAGGGCCAAGCACAAGCAAGGAGGGGCGAUCAUGAAGCGGAAGCCAUUACGUACGGAGACGUGUUCAAAGCGAGGGAAGAUUUAGCAAAACAGCCGGUCACACCAGGCGAUGCAGCGCUGAUGCAGAGCGCAGAGACGAGGGCGCUGGGGCAGACGCAAAAAGGCGGCGUGGCGGCGCAGGCAAACGAGAGGGCGGGCGUGGUGGCGAAGGACGACGAUACAAUUGCGGCGGCGGAAGGAAUGACGGUGACGGAGACCGUUGUUCCGGGCAGGAAAGUAACGGUAGAAUAUGUCGGCGGGCAGCUCGUUUCGGCUGAUGUUCAGCCGUCACCUGCCCCCCAUGCAACUGCCUCCGCCGCCUACAUCACGAUCGGUGAGGCUUUGGAGGCGGCGGCGCUGAAGACGUGGGAUAAGCCUGUCGAACAAAGUGACGCCGCCGCAAUUCAGUCGGCGGAGCGGCGGGCUACGGGCACCGGAAACGGUGGCGUUGCGGCGGCUGCUCAGUCGGCCGCCAAUGUUAAUCCUCGGCUGCCUUAUGAGGAGCGCACCACGGUGGCUGAUGUUCUGUUUAUUGCGACUGAGGAUCUUCCUUCUGAUAAGGCUGUGAUAAUGGAAGAUGUGCAGAAGAUAAAGGAAAGUGAGGCGAGGCAGAGCUUGAGUGGAGAAGUGUUUCCAGGUGGCGUGGGAGAUGCCAUGGAGGCCGCCGCCAAAAUCAAUGAGCGCGGCGGCCUAAAUGUUGCUCGCUAGUCUGCAUUCUGUGUUUAUAUUUUGUGUGUAUAUGUUUGUGUUUUCAUUUUGUGUGUAUAUGUUUAUGUUUUAACUGGUAGUGCUCCUGCACGGUGUAAGCGGUUUUUAGUUGUGAAUCCCGUGCAAGUCUUAUGUAUUUUUGACAGGAAAUUUGCGCAACUAGUCUCCAUUUUGGUGUUUUCA